AUGGCUACGAAUUGGUUGGCUGUGAAAAAAGAUACUACAUGGGUCUACCAAGUGUCGCAAAUGAGCGAAAUCGCCUUGUAUACACUCGUGCACGACGAACUCAAGACGACAUAUACAAUUGCUCAUGUGGCAGUGAACCCCUAUCUGAUACUGCUAGACACGCUGACAAAUGCGUCAACGUACAAGACACUUGAAGAUCAAAAAGUUCUGUCAGACGGGUGUUAUCACCUUGGAAUCUCAAGGCGGUACAGUGUUUUCGAUGCAGUGACUGCGUGUAUCACGGUCCAAGCAGAAGAAAAACAAUCACGUGUGGAGGUCGACAAGUUGGUGCAAGUCAUUGUACGUAUUGCUGCCCAAACGCUGCAAGGGGCGGCGAGAGAAGAGGAAGCACGAGGACGAGAUGCUGGUCUGCUAUCGCAAUUUGCAAAGAAGUUGUUAUUGACACCGUCAGCAGUGACGUGUCCACUUACGAGUUAG